AUGUUAGGACCGCAAGCUUGUACCCGCUUUGAACGUCUCCCAGAGGAAAUCCUUCGUUAUGUCCUCUUGGAUAUCGAUUCCAUACCAUCGUUAUACAAGCUAAUGCAAGCAGUUCCAACUGUCGUUCACUCCUGUAUAGCAAUAUUCGAUGAACUCAUAGGCAGAAUUCUCCGCAGGUCAAUAGACGAGGAGUUACGAUGCUAUCUCUAUGCCAUUGUCCAAGCACAAGCAGUGGGACGCAUGAGUGCAUAUGACCUUGGAUUUUUCCUCGAUACUCACUUCGAGAUCUCAAACCCCAAUAAAAUCCCAGAAGAAAUCCCACGUUCGCUAAGAACCAUCGAAUACAUGGCCAAAGUACUCGCGGCGGUCGAUCAUUUCUCAACAUUGUGUCCUGAGAUAUGGUCCUGGUGCGGCUGCGUUGGCUUAUAUAGCAAACCCAUCCUGCCAUUGACAAUGUGGAAAAACAAAUACCAAAUUCGUCGCGCUCUAUUUCGAUUCCAACUCUAUUGCGAACUCUUCCACAAACCCGGACAGGAGAUUCCUGACAGACCUUACGCCCACACCUAUUCGCACUGGGGCUGGGAGGAGAACUGGGACGCUCAAGAACUCUUCUGGCUGCGCUACGAGGCAUGGGAGAUUGAAGAAUGCAAAUCGAUCUACUACACCCUAAUCUUCCAUCUCGAAUACGUAACCAAAACCAAAGACCACCUUCUCAGUUGCUGCAUCAGGAACCGCUCACCGUACAGCAAAACCAACAUCCGAGGUCUCCCAACCAUCGCUGCAUCCCUGAAUACCACAUGUGUAGCGAGCCUCCCACCCUUCCAACAAGCCUACCUCGAAAUCCUCCUCCAGAGACCCUUCUCCGGCUUCCGCAUUACCGACCCAGACGAUCUCGGCUAUUUCUCCCACCGCAUCCCUAAUAUGUUCCAUGACCCCAUCCCCCGAGCAGAUUACCGCACGAGUCGAACGAGGAGGUGGGCGCCUAGUCCCUUUCCGGGUGUUACUUUGAGACAGCUCUGUCUUGCUACGUACGGAUGCAAUACUGUUCCGAGGGAAGUGCGGCGAUUGAAUACGACUGCGAAGCGCCGGCAGGUCUUGAGGUAUCUCGGAUGGUGUUUUUGGGAUCGCAGGGAUUUGGCGGAGUGGGCUUUUUUUGGGGCGAGUUUGUGCGAGUUUAGGAAAAAGAGGGGGAAUGAGAGUUGGUUUUCUGAAGGAGAGGGGGGUGAGGGGUGA